AUGAAGGGAACCAUGAAAGCUCUCUGGUAUAGCGCCCCCCGGACGUUUGAGAUCAGAGAAGUUCCAAUCCCACAAAUCAACGACGACGAAGUAUUGCUGAAAGGCGUAUGUGGCACUGACGGCCACAUCGACGAGCUGAUUCCUGGACAUGAAGCUAUUGGGGUCAUCGUUGAGAUGGGAGAGAACGUAAAGGGAUUCUCUCUCGGCGACCGCUGCGUCGCGGACGUAGGCAUCACGUGCGAGACCUGUUUCUACUGCCGUCGAGGCCAGUCUCUCCUCUGCGAGAACUUCCAGGCCUGCGGUGUCACCCAGGAUGGAGGAUUCGCGGAGUAUAUCAAAUACCAACAGAAGAAGCUUUACAAGAUUCAAAACCUCACCGAUGAGGAAUCCACCCUCCUUGAGCCCGCUGCAUGCGCGAUUCAUGGACUAGAUAAGCUCAGCCCUCCCGUUGGAAUCGACGUCCUCCUUCUCGGCGCCGGACCGACCGGUCUGAUCCUCGCGCAGCUGCUCAAGCUCAACGGAGCUUCGAGGGUCGUUAUCGCUGCCAACAAGGGCAUCAAGAUGGACAUUGCGAAGAAGCUCAACGCCGCCGACGAGAGGGGUGGAACGUUGAUGAUAUAUGGCGUUUAUGAGAACAAGGCUCUUGUCCACUGGCCGCCUUCCAAGAUCUUCGGAGAUGAAAUCAAGAUCAUUGGAUCCUUCUCGCAGACGUUCUGCUUCCCGCGUGCAGUCGCCUACCUCGAUUCGGGCAAGAUCAACGUCAAGGGAAUGGUCACGGACAUCUUCAAGCUCGAAGACUAUCAGGCGGCCCUCGAUAAAAUGAACAGCAGGACUGCUCUCAAGAUUGCAAUCAAGCCGUAG